AUGAUAUUCAAGCAGAGGGAGCAAGAAGAGGGACCAAGGUCCAGGGAACAGUCUGCACUCACACCUCUCUGGCCCUGGCCUAUCUCCCUGCAGGUGCACCUCCGCUCUGCCAGGCGUCUCUGUGAGCUCUGCUGUGCCAACCGGGGCACCUUCAUCAAGGUGGGCCAGCACCUGGGGGCUCUGGAUUACCUGCUGCCAGAGGAGUAUACCAGCACGCUGAAGGUGCUGCACAGCCAGGCCCCGCAGAGCAGCAUGCAAGAGGUCCGCCAGGUCAUCCGUGAGGACCUGGGCAAGGAGAUCCAUGAUUUGUUCAUGAGCUUUGAUGACACCCCUCUGGGGGCGGCCUCCCUGGCCCAGGUCCACAAGGCAGUGCUGCGCGACGGGCGGAUGGUGGCUGUGAAGGUCCAGCACCCAAAGGUGCAGGCUCAGAGCUCAAAGGACAUUCUCCUGAUGGAGGUACUUGUCCUGGCUGUGAAGCAGCUGUUCCCAGAGUUUGAAUUUAUGUGGCUGGUGGAUGAAGCCAAGAAGAACCUGCCUUUGGAGCUGGAUUUCCUCAAUGAAGGGAGGAAUGCUGAGAAAGUGGCCCAAAUGCUCAAGCACUUUGACUUCUUAAAGAUCCCACGAAUCUACUGGGAGCUGUCCACCAAGCGGGUCCUUCUGAUGGAGUUUGUGGAUGGUGGGCAGGUCAAUGACAGAGACUACAUGGAGAGGAACAAGAUCGACGUCAAUGAGAUCUCACGCCACCUGGGCAAGAUAUACAGUGAGAUGAUCUUUGUCAACGGCUUCGUGCACUGCGACCCCCACCCGGGCAAUGUGCUGGUGCGGAAGCAGCCGGGCACGGGAAAGGCAGAGAUUAUCCUGUUGGACCACGGACUCUACCAGGUGCUCACGGAGAAGUUCCGCCUGGACUACUGCCAACUCUGGCAGUCUCUGAUCCAGGCUGACAUGAAGAGGGUGAAGAAGUACAGCCAGCGCCUGGGGGCCGGGGAGCUCUAUCCCUUGUUUGCCUGCAUGCUGACGGCCCGCUCAUGGGACUCGGUCAACAGGGGCAUCAGCCAAGCUCCGGUCACUGCCACUGAGGACUUGGAGAUCCGCAACAACGCAGCCAACUACCUCCCCCAGAUUAGCCAGCUCCUCAACCAUGUGCCACGGCAGAUGCUGCUUAUCUUCAAGACCAAUGACCUGCUGCGUGGCAUCGAGGUCGCCCUGGGCACCCGCGCCAGUGCCAGCUCCUUCCUCAACAUGUCACGGUGCUGCAUCCGAGCGCUGGCUGAGCACAGGAAGAGGAAUACCUGUUCGUUCUUCAGAAGGACCCAGAUCUCCUUCUGCGAGGCCUUCCACUUAUUGCAGAUCAGCCUUCAUGAACUCAUCCUGCGUGUGCAGGGGCUGAGGCUGGCCAGCCGGUUGUUGGCCCUGCUUUGCUGGUUGUUUCCUACCCCGCACUGAGUGGACUUGCUGUCCCUUGCUCCUUUCUGGUGUCUUUUCACUCCUCAGUGUUUGGCCCUGUUGCUACCCAGUUGUCCUGUUUCUGCCACAUGGUUGUCUGCAGCCCCAAGGCCAUUGUCCGUGGCACCACUAUACUCUACCUUUGGAAUUCUGUCUCAUACUGUGGCCCUUGUCUCAGGGCCCACAAGCUGCACCAUGGAAUGGCCUUCUCUCCUUCUCCAAGGAGAAGACACAGCAGCCGACUUUCCCGCUCCUGGUGUGUGCCAUUGGGUUGAAUGUCCCCUCACUUCUGUGUACCCUCUCUAUUGUCAGGAUGGACCACAUGGGCCACUUAAUGAGGGCACAUUAAGUCAUUGGAAGUUUGAUUUUGUUGGAGGUGAGCACUGUCUCUGAACUCCUACCCUUGCCAUACCACUCCCCAGAGGUGUCACACCUGAGCAAGGUGGUUUGGCAUCUGAGGGUAGACUCAGUUUCAGCCAUAAGUUCACUGCUGUCAUGGUGACCCUUUGGUGUUUUAUAUACUGUGUUUCAAUAAAAAACCCCUUCAAGUUUGCAGGGUGUGUCCAUCCUAACUCACUGGCCCACAGUCUCACCCAACCACAUGCCCAUCCAGAGUGUGCCAUGAUCCCUGCCAAGGGCUCACAGUUGCUUUUGGUUGCUGCUUUCUUGGGGUUUUCCAGGAAGAUCUAGGGGGAAUAAGGCCAGGGCUUGGUUGGUGGGCUCUUUAUUCUAGAUUGGGAGUGAACCCACACUGGCCAUGAGGGAAGAGUGGACCUGAACGCUGAGUGUCAAUAUGAUCUUCUGGUUGGCUUCUUGCCCCUGUUUUCCUUCCACCCAGUAGGCCACUCCAGGACUCUUAGACCUUGGCUGCAGGAGUUAAGGGAGCCCUCGGCCAGGAACUCAGAGGCUCAGCUGCAACCUCAGACUUCGGUUCCCCUGGGUUCUCAGCUCAUUUCCUGUGACCUGGGCAACGGCUUUAUUCUACUGAUUGUUUCCUGACUUACCCCUUUGGUUCUCAUUCAGUGACCCCAGUUUCAGGCCCGGGAUUCUACGUGGUUCCCCUGUCCUUAUGGAGACUUUUGUCCUGUUGCUGAAACCUCAGUCACUGUGGCUGGGUUUCCACUGUGGGGCCUGUGUCAUCUGUCUGAACUCUUCUUCCCUAUUGCCUGCUGCCAGCGCUGCCCCUCCCCCAACUCUGUCAUCUGCUCCUGUGUCUGGGACAUCCUCAAACUCCUGCUCUAACUGCUGUGUCUGCGUGGUCUCCAGGUCCUCAAGAUCCCAGAUUUAGCAGGUCCUAACUCUCCCUGAAUACCCGUGCUCACAGACAGUAAUUAUAUUGGAGUCUGUCCCGUCUUACUUUACCCCAUUCACAGGGGUAGAAAAACCUUGAACUUGAGACUCAUUUUCUGUUCUCUUUAUUUAUAAUACAAUGAGCAGAUUUUCUGAUGA